CCAGCCCCCUCUUUUGCAUCCCUUCAAAGAACGAAUCCCUAAGGUUGGACUCAUACGGUACUUCCCUGAGGUAUCAUACCGGUACGAGUAGUCUUCAAGAUGUCUAUUUAUCUCCCCAUCGACCUGGUCCCUGUUUCGCAACUCUUAGCCUCCCAUUUUUAAGGAUGCACCAAAUUAUGUAUCGCGUCACUAUGGCAGCCAUCGGGCCAAACUGCCUUCACGGAGCCCGGGAAUACUAGUACGCGGGGGGCAUUGAGGGGAGCUCCGUUUCGUGAUACGUUUGUGAACACAACUGUUGUUGCGUAUGGGCAAAAGAUGGGCCGGAACCUCAAGAUGGUAAAAUUAUGCAGUGACUGGCAGUUGUGCUCACGGGCGUCGGGAUAUCGCGGGUACACAGUGGCUCGGCUGUGUUCGUUUCCAGGACGAGGAGAGGUUUUGCCAUUUUGGGCUUGGGCUGUUUGCCCAAGGCGAGUAUUGGCUAUUUUCGACCCACGGCGACUUUUUUCCUGUCUGAACGUUUCACUCAGUUACGAUAGUGCGAGUACCGUACACGAGUAUUUGGUGCUUAGCCUCGAUGGUGAUGCCGUGGUUGCCAUGCUGUGCUAAAGCCGAAGCUGGCCCCCUGACUGUGCGGGGCACAGGGCAUAUCUGACCCUUGCUGCGGUCUCGGAGGGCAUUCUCAUGGUUUUCCGUUUCGGAUCUCUUCUUUCAUGUCCAUUGUUCCCCCUCUGCUAAUUUAUCCUUCGUCAUCAUUAAUUGUUUCUUGACCCUUUCCCGUGAUAGGGCUGUGUUUUCUUAUUCUUGGUAACUGCUGUGUCGUUCCGGCAACUGUUGGAUGGGUGGAUCAAAUUCUCCAAAUAUACUGUUUCGCUUUUCGAGUUGUGACUUGAGCGUCAAAAUUCGAGUCGGGUUUUAUCGAGUGAUUGGCUGUGACACUUUCCUGGUGGGAGCAGGGUUUGGGAGUAGCGGCGGAGACAGCUGAAAAUGCUCCUCUAUCAUAUCGGGCUAAGGUACUGAGUGCCAGUAACUUUUGGGAUUCGGGGCGUAGGAUGCAAAUGCCAAUUCUAGGUUCUGGUAACUAAGGGAACUGCCUGUUUUACGCCUUGCAUUGGGUAAAUGUUCGAAGGUCAAAUAACUUUAAUGGGGCUGGAACAGGGUUACCGCCUAGGCGUUGUAGGCCUAGGGAGGAGGGGGAUGAACGGGUGCUAACCGACUAACUGAAUGGCUUGGAUGAUCCUCUAUCGGUUGUAUUGGUGUAUUUGCGGACUUGGUUUCCCUCCUAUAGUGUGCUCAACCGAUUCCCGGAUAUUCUUAGUGGGGAGGGGUACUGUAUUCACAACAACUUUCUUUGCUCUGGUGGUCUACUAGUAUAAGAGUUUGGCUUGGGGGAGCCCCUGGAAACCCAAUUUGCUAUUUCAAUCGUCGGAAGAGACGCCAGGAAUUUCCCAGGUAUCGAUUUUUAUGCACGAAGGACAAACUCCCCGCGACUCCCGAGGGAACAUGUCGGAGAAUGGCGCAGUUUAUGGGAUUCAGGUGAGGCAUGGGCAAGGAGAAGCAGUGUGAGGAUAAUUUGAAAACACCUGGAGAUGGCCGGAGAGUGUCCUAUCCCUUUAAACUUGAACCUCACUCACCAUUGGCAGAGAAUCUUCAUGGUAAGACACAGAGAUUUUGAGCAGGUGCAGGAACAGAGAAGCUGGCUCUGGGGCUAUUUGGUGUUGUGUUGGUUAGAUUUAAGAAUUGGCUGGCAUUCAGUGUGGUUCCUUU